AUGUCUGAAGUUCAAACAAGAACACCUGCCUCCCGUGGCAGAGUAUCCGCUCGUGGCGGCCGUGGUGGUUACAGCUCGAGAGGUGGUCGAGGUGGUAGAUCUGCAAACAGUUCGGACAAUGUCGCAGCAUUUGAAGAGGAAGGAGAGAUCGGGCAGAUGAAGAAGAAAUACGCUAGCACCCUGCCCAUGCUCAAGGAGUUGUUCUCGGACUGGUCAGACGAGGAUCUUGUCUUUGCAUUGGAAGACGCAGACGGUGAACUUGAGGAGGCAAUUGAGCGCAUCACCGAAGGUAACGUCUCACAGUGGGGUGAGGUAAAGAAGAAGUCUACAGACCGGACCCGCACCAAAGCGAAGGAAGCUCAGAACGUCCCGAUCGAGACCCCCACAGCUCCUGUCCGAGGAGGCCGUGGACGUGCUGGAUUUGAGAGUCGUGGACGUGCUCGCGGAGAUCGUGGAGGUCGUGGUGGUCGCGGCGGUCGCGGAGGUGCUCCUACCAACGGAUUCCGUGGUGCAGAGAAGCCAGCUGUCGUCCCCACAGUCGCCAGCACUGCGGGGACGGCGACAUGGUCAUCUGUUGCGGAGGGAACGGCCACCAAGACAGAGAAGCCGAGUGAGGAACAGCCAGCAGUUGCAGCAACCCCAGAGCCCGUGAAUGAGCCCAAGGACACUGCCCCCAAGAGUAGUGUGAUCCCUGAAGGAACAAAGAAAGGCUGGGCUAGUCUUUUUGCGAAACCUACACCGCCGCCUCAGCCUAAGCCAGCUGCCGCACCACCAGCUGCACCGCCCGUUUCCUCUCAAGAACGCCCGGUUGAGCCUGCAGCGGAGCAGCAGAAGAAAGCGCCUGAACCUGAACCUGAACCCGAGACUACCCCCGCUCCUCCUGCGGCUACAGCUCCCACACCCGCUCCUGCUCCAGUGGAAAAAGCUCCCGAACCAGCCAUUCCCCCAGCGAUCCCCAAGGUUGCUCCUCCUAGUGCUGCUACUCCUACCGCUCCUACAACGACCACUACCACAGACGCCGCUACGCCUGUGCCUUCUACCUCCGAUGUUACGCCUGCGCAGGACGAUUUGACGAGGACGAACCUCGAACAGAUUCCCGACGCCUCUCACCCGGCUCCGACUGCUACGGCAGCUAGUGUUGUGGGAAGUGCGUUGGAUCAGAACAACAACGCCACGCCUUCGCGGGGAACCCCCUCCAUGUACCCCGCCAGUACUGUGAAGAGCGGCCGUGCUCCCGGCUUCCAGCGUCGCGUUAUGGAACAGCAGGAAGCUGUUGUGAUGCCUGGAAACCACGCCGUCGACCGUGCCGCUGUGCAGUUUGGUAGCAUGGGAUUGAAUGGCGAUGCCGCUCCUGUCGACGUCGAUGAAACCAGAGAAGAAGCUGAAACCCGUGCUCAGCCGCCUCAACACUCUCCCGUUGCUCCUCGUGCCUCAUUGCCUCCAUCGACACAACCUCAGGGGCCAACCGAGACCCCUACCGUUUCUCGUCCCGCCCCAGGACUGCCCCCUGUUCCCCAGGCUACGGCCGGAGACGCCUUUGCCGACUUUGCUCGCUACACCGAUGCCCACAAGCCUUACGACCCCUUUAGCCAUCAAGUCACGCAACCUCAACCCCAAAUCCAGGAACCGUUCGCGAACCAGGCUCCCAUUCAGCCUACCGUCACGACUGGCAGCGAAUAUUCCCCCUUCUAUGCCGCUGAUCAGCGCCUUCCCUACAACUACUAUGGCGCCUACGGCCAGUCCCAAGACGCCACUGUUGCCCAGCGAGCCGCCGCUGGAUUCGGUGUCUCCGGUGCCGAGGUGCAGCCUCACAUCCCGACCACUCAGCCUCCCAGCCGCUACGGCCAUGUUGACGCUCCGAACAGCGGCCACACGACUCCUAACCCGACUCUGCCCGGUGCCGCUCAGACCCCCACCGCGCAGCACAUGCCUGGCCAAAGUGCCGCCGCCGCCGCCGCCGCCCAUGCUUACGGAGCAUAUGGCUAUCCCUACUACUCUAACCCUCACUACGCUGCAUACAUGAAUCAGAUGACGCAACACCAGUACGGCAGGAACCGUCCAAUGUAUGACGAUGCACGCCGAUACGAUGAUCACUACAUGCCCCACAGUACCCAGUUUGGCUAUGGUAGCCAGUAUGGGCCCUACAGCAAGGCCGGGAUGUACGGUCAGCCCGCCUUCUCGUACGACCACGCGUCGUCUCCUGCAACGGCAGCCAGCUUCAACCAGGCCAUGCCGGGUCGUGACUCGGUCUACGGCCGCGCUGGAUCCGCACAGCCGUCGGAAGCUCAGCAAACGGCGGCUGGUGCAAACGCGUUUGGCACCGGUAUGGAUGUUUUCGGUCGCACGCCCGGCUUUGGCCAAAGCCAGCCCAUCACCCAGCAGCCCCCGGUUACUGCGGAGGAGACCAAGAGCUUUGAUGCCUCCAAGGCCGGUGGUCCCAGCCCUUCGCUUGCUCAGGCGAACCGUCCCGGCUCUGCUACCAACAAUGUACCCGGUCAGCCUCAAGCCCAAACUGGCCUUCCUCCGCUACAGGCCCAGCAAGGCCAACAGGGAUUCGGUGCUUACCCUCACCUAAACCCGCAGUACGGAGGCUUAGGCGGUCUCGGUGGACACCAGGGUGCUAAUCAGGCUGCUGCUGGCUAUGGUAACUACGGUGGCGCAGGCUUUGCGAAUUACUACGGAAACACCGGACGUGGUUGGGGAGGCAACUACGGCCACUAA